UCAUUCUUCAAAUCUCCCCAUCUCUCUCAUUUCUCUCUCUACAUAUCUGUAUCUAUAUCCUCCAAACCCUAGCUACCAACCAUGGCUGAGAGAGGCGGAGAACGCGGCGGUUUCGGGCGAGGCUUCGGCGGCCGCGGCGAUCGCGGCAGAGGCGGCGACCGCGGAAGAGGUCGCCGCCGCGGGCCCCGCCGUGAGGAGGAGGAGAAAUGGGUUCCGGUGACCAAGCUCGGCCGAUUGGUGAAAGACGGCAAGAUCCGAAGCCUCGAGCAGAUCUACCUUCAUUCUCUCCCAAUCAAAGAGCACCAGAUCAUCGAUACCUUGGUUGGUCCUUCAUUGAAAGACGAGGUCAUGAAGAUUAUGCCGGUUCAGAAGCAGACUCGGGCCGGUCAGCGAACCCGGUUCAAGGCCUUUGUUGUUGUUGGUGACUCGAACGGUCACGUAGGGCUUGGUGUGAAGUGUAGCAAGGAAGUUGCGACUGCGAUUCGUGGUGCGAUUAUACUCGCGAAGUUGUCUGUGAUUCCGGUGAGGAGAGGGUAUUGGGGGAACAAGAUUGGGAAGCCUCAUACGGUGCCGUGUAAGGUCACCGGAAAGUGUGGGUCUGUGACGGUGAGGAUGGUUCCGGCGCCUCGUGGUGCGGGGAUCGUGGCGGCUAGGGUUCCAAAGAAAGUGCUGCAGUUUGCUGGGAUUGAUGAUGUGUUCACUUCUUCUCGUGGGUCGACGAAAACACUUGGAAAUUUCGUCAAGGCAACUUUUGAUUGUCUGCUGAAGACUUAUGGGUUCCUGACCCCAGACUUCUGGAAGGAGACCCGCUUCUCAAAAUCUCCAUACCAAGAGUACACAGACCUGUUGGCAAAGCCCACCUCGAAGUUGACUUAUGUGGAAGAUGUUCCAGAGAGGGUAGAUGCUUGAUCAGGUCGUUGGGUCUAAGAAUGAUUCCUUAGGACUUUUUAUAUAUGUUAUUACUUGUUGAAAUGUUAUCCUUUUUUUUUCUUUUGAGGGAUGUUUAAUUUCAAUUUUGGAUGUGUUUGGACGGCUACUUAAAUUUUGAAUUAAAUUGCAUUAUGCUUGCUAGACUUUUCUUUAUUGAA